UAAAUUUCUAAGAAAAUGUUUUCGAUUGAACUGGACGAAGCGCUUCAGCGAAUUUUAAAAAUAUUUUACCGAAUGGGAAUAUGGCAAAGUGACGAAGAGCCCAAUUACCUUAAAGUCGCCAAGAAAUUCUUUUACACCUUCUUUGGGGCAUUGUACCCGAUAUUCUUCACGGCCAACGCUUUUCUAUGUGAUCGAAAUGAAUCUGUUUUCUCAGUACAGCUUACAAUUAUAGCGGCGGUUUUAUACGUAAAAAUUCUGUACGUCCUGUUUAAGAAACAAGAAAUCCUCGAAUUUUUAUUUGAUCCGAUCGUUGUUCAUUCAAUUGAAAAUCGUGAAGAAUAUGACGAAACAGUCAAAAAGAUCAAAGAAUUUAUGAAUUUCGUACGGAUGUAUUGUCUGGCAACAUUUGUCACUGUUCCAUUGCUGAUUGUGAUAAAAUUCCCAAUAUUUUCCGCCGAUAAAGGGUUACCCUUUUUUAUCAGUUUCUCGUGGAACAGUUCAGAAAUUAUUUAUUGGUUGGCGUAUUUCUUCGUGUCAUUGUCAUCUACCUUGUACGUCACUGCUAACUUAAUUACCAUACUAAUUUGGUACAUGCUGUUGAACUACUCCAUCGAAUACGAACUGUUAGGAAAUAAAUUGAGAAAAUUGGGAGUGGGAAUGAAAGCUGUCAAAAAACAGAAAGAAUUCAGGUUGAUACAACGAAGUGGGUUUGUUGAAGAUUUAAUUGUUUUGAUCAAAGCUCAUCGCAACUUGAACGAAACAAUAGAGCGAUUCAGAUCAUUUUUCUCGACAUUAUUUUUGGUCCAAAUCACAACCAGUGGCAUCAUUAUUUGUACUUCAGUUUACAGCUUAGUAUUUUCGUCGAACCAAAAUAUUGUUCAAAUAGAAUUUUAUGUUGUUGUGCUGCUCUACGCAAUUUUUGAUAUUUUUUUGAUUAUGUACCUGGCGAAUGACAUUACCGUUGCCAGUGACCGACUGUCUUACUGUUUAUUUGAGUCAAAUUGGAUUGAGCAGACAGAAUCGUGUAAGAAGUAUGUUGUCAUCAUGGGCGAGGUGUUGAAGCAACCUCAACAACUUGUCGUCUUGAUAUAUCCAAUGAACUUGGAAACUUUUAUGACGAUUGUCAAUGGUGCCUACAGCAUGUUCAACAUCUUAAAAAGCCUUCAAUAAAAAAAGUGAAAAUGGUAGCAUAUGUUUCGCAAGAACUGUAC